AUGACACAAAUUACACAAGUCAGUUGCGGCGCCAAUCAUACGGCUGCGUUACGAGCCAACGGUGCUGUUUUGACAUGGGGUAGUAAUGAAAAUGGACAGCUUGAUCAGGAUGGUAGGCGAGCUUUGCAGCUUCCAUCACCCAUUUCAGCUUUGGAGGAGUUACCUCUCGUAGCAGUGUCGGCUGGGAAACGACACGCUGUUGUCAUAACAGCGCACGGCUCCGCAUUUUCUUGGGGA